CAAAGAUAUACAACGAGUAGUAGCACGACGGGUUGUGUGUCGUCGAAUGUUCAGUACAGCAAAAUGAAGACCGAAAAUCCGACGUACAACCGAAGAUUCUUGAAGAAGCAGGGCUGAAUGUUGCGCCGUGUGACGAAAAUGAGGUUUUCUUCUACGAGGCGGAGCAAUGGGUUUUGUUUCCGCUGCUUCCUGUUGGUCGUGCACAUGUUCUUGGGCGGCACCUGGAAAAAUGAUUUUUACCUCUCGAACGUUCUACUGACCUCUGCCAGAAUAAGCAGCAGCGGAAAGGAACAGCAAAUCCCGCCCGGCGAAGGAGGUUUGUCCGAAGGUCGUGCAGGGCCUGCGUCUUCUACUUCCGUAGACGAUGAACACGCAAGGUCAGAAAGCCUGCCGUCAACAGAUACUAGCAAAAAUGUUGGAAACACCGAGGAUAUUGCGCAAGAUGCUACCUCGGUCGCGGCACGACAGGGGGGUCGCGCGCUGUCGUCUGUCGUGGUUCUUGAAAAGGAGCCGGAAGUACGACACCACCCCCUGCACAUUAUUCCGGACGACACCUCCGUCCCGGCCUCCUCCGUGUUUGAAACCCGAAAGCAGAAAACGAGCAAGCACGUCCCCGAAGUCAGCGCGCCCGCGCGCGACGGGCCCUAUCGCGCGGAAAAAUGCCCCCACCCCCAAAGUUGCAAAAAUUUGUGUAUGCAAAGUUUCCAAGUGAAAACUUUUUGUCAUGCAUGAAACGAGUAUGAAGAUGAACCUUUCUGAUGCAGAGUCUAGGUGUGUGUUGCAUCGCUUGCAUGAUAAGCGCCGCUCUUGCUGGGAUCUUUUGCAAUACAGAUUUUUGCUAUAAUUCACGAUUUGAAAUCUGUGAUGCUGAUAGAUGCAAGAGAACGAAUGUUUCAUUUGAAAAGGUUUGCAAUACAAAUGCUCCCAAGUUCGGGGGUGGGGGCAUUUUUCAUUGUAAUAGGCCCACGAUCUACGGCGCACUGGAAUUCCCCGACGAGCCACAGCUGAAGUAUCCUGAGUAAAAACGUACCCACACCAGAGUUAGGAUGAGGAUUUGUAGAUGGCCCUGUAGAUGUCCCUGUAGCGUUGUUGUACAAGUCCCGUAGACGCAUGCUGAUCACAAUGAACCGCGGUGGAGGAGGAGCAGAGCAGAAUCCAUUCUUAAUCCUCCCUGAACAGCUGGAUCUGCACUACUACUCUUUGAUUAUGGUUUAUAGUGGAUCUCAUACAAAAAAAAAGUUAGGAUGAGGAUUUUGCAACACAAACCUAGGAGCUUUGUGAGUCACGCAUGACAAGUUGAGCGCUGCAGUGUAGUGCAGGUUAGCAAGUGCAGCCGCAUCACAAAUCCAGCUGCUCAUCCUGUUCACAGCAUCACAAAUUCCAAAACACGAUUGGAAAUGGCUCUCAUGGGGAUGCGCAUUACAAGUCUUCCUGUCUUUGCGAGUCUGCAUUACAACUCUGGCGUGGGUACGUUUUUACUCAGGAUAUGAAGUUUGGCGAAAUUAUUCCGGAUUUGGAGGCGCGAGAAGGGGGCGACGAGGUGGCAGACGAGGACGACAACUCUGAUUUCCAUCAGAGGAGUACCGCGGACGAGGAGGUAUUGUGAGGAAAAAUCCGUUCUCCCCAUAGUAUCGAAAAGGCGUGCUUUUCAAAAUUUGUGAUGCUGAUUUGUGGUCACAAAUCGAGUCUGUUUUGCAAAAGAUCAAAGCCAGAGCUUCCGCCGCAUUUCGCAGGCGAUUUGUAAUGCUGCUGCGCCAAUGGGGCAGACGUCUGCCAUGCUAAGUGCCUACCUCAGGCCACUCCUUUCCGGGCUUUGUAUCUGCCUGCAGUGCCCUACUGCAAUACAAGACUGAUUUGUGUACUACGCAAAUACAGCGCCACAGACUUCCCUUUUGAUAUGGGGAGGGGGGAUUUAUUUUUCAUUUUGAUAGGAGGAGCUGCAUCGCCACACGGUCGAGGAACUCCCGGCGGACGACGAGUUGUCCUGGGAAAACAAAUAUCCUGAGUAAAAACGUACCCACACCAGAGUUGUAAUGCAAAUCUGCAUGCUGAAAAUGUUUCCCAUGCGGAGCCUCAUGAGAAGCAUUUUCUAGUGGUUUUUUGCAAUUUGUCAUGCUCCAAUCAGCAUGGUAUGCUAGAUAUGUGAUGCUGCUGAGCUAGCUCAAACAGCACUACACUACGAAUCCAAAUUUGUCAUGUAAAACAGCCAAAACUUGUGGAUUUGUCUAGCCGAUUUCCCAUCUUGACUAUGGUGUGGGUACGUUUUUACUCAGGAUAACAAACCCGGUUUCCUCAGCGAAUCCUCUUCGGUUCUGCAGACGAGAGAAAAUGAAAAUGACCUUCAGGACGUCGAAGAGGACAAAGACUCCACGUUGUACGUCGAUGAACAGGGGGAUAGCACCUCGAGCGUGGCAGAGAUGCAGGACAGCGACCAGGUCGUGGACGACCUGCCGGGAGCAUUUCACGAGGAGGGAAGGAUCAACCCCGAGGAGACCAACAACGAGGCUGAGGAGAGCAGUGCUCUUGGUUCUUUCAUCGUCGACGGAUCAAAUGAUAACCGGGGCGAGUCUAUGGAAGCGUCAGGUUUGAAAUCGUCAAAGUUGAAAUAAUUUGCAAUGCAUAAAAUGCAUGGCCCGCGGUACGUGUGUUGCAGAGCAGGCAAGUGAGGCCUAUUGUAAGCCUGUUUGGGGUUAAAGCUCGAGCUGCUAAAGUAGCAUGAGAGAAUCGCUCGUCUUUGCCUAAACAGCAUGACAAACUGGAUUUAGGGACCGCCGAAAUUUGUCAUGCGCCACUUGGAAACUGGGUUUGUGUAGUGCGUUUACCUUCCCUUACAGGUUGUGUAGUGCUAUUUAUUCCCUUUGUGAAACUGGGUUGGUGUAGUACUAUUUUUCCCUAUACAGGUUGUGUAGUGGUUUCGGUCGGUUUAGCAUGACAAAUUAUUUCAACUUUGUCGAUUUCAACUCUGACACAUCCAUAGAGUCGCUGCCAUCAAGCAUGCUGGAGGUGGUUCCAGACAUGGGAAGUAGUAGGAGUAGUGGUACAACGUCGGGAACAAGCGCCGCAGCAGCAGGAGGAGGCACAACUACAGCGAGAGACACAGCCGACGCAGUGCCGCCUACCUCCAGCGACUUUCCAGCAACAGGGGCACCACUGCCAGUCUCCCUACCGGCGGCGUCCAACUUACCCUAUCUAAGCGCCAGCACCAGCACGCAAGCCAGAACUUUGGGUCGUGAUGAUGACGGUCAUCUUCAUCGUGGCUUCGUUUCCCGCAAGGGGGCAGCAGAUGCUCCUGGGAAAAGAACUAGCAAGGGCAUCUACGAUCAAAACGGUGAAGAUUCUACUUCUACUGACGGGGACGAAAACCUACACACCAAUCCUAGCCGGCAAAGGAUCAUCCAGCAAGCGAAAAGUCUGCAGAUUGCACCUGGUAAUGGAAUUUUGUACAGCUCCACGGGUGGUGAGGAAGUAGACGCGCAGGAUCUUCCGCCUCGCAGCGGAAUCACAGGACUAUCUGAAGCUGCUGGUGCUCCUUCACGACCCGCCGAUUCUAAACCCGCACCGAUCGGCGUGAAACUUGUGACCGAAAGCAACAAGCUGCAUUUCCUCGGGACGCAGCCGAUCAGCGUUCUCCUGCGAUCCCAGAGUCCCGACGCCGUGAAGGUGGCGAGCCAGCUGUAUUGGCUGGUAUUCAAGGGCAAGUGUACGGGGAAGAUUUCCACCCGAGCGGUCGCAGGGCAGGCAGGAGCGGGAGGAAAAGCUGGAACUUUUGCACAGGGCUUCUCAACAUCUGCGACCGGCUCAGAGGACUCCUCGCCCUCCUUCCCUUGCGCCAUCAAAAUGAAGCGGGCAAGCGGGAGAAGCAGUGGAACAAGGACUACACCAAGUUUAGAAGAGGCAGGACGAGCUGGAGGGGUGCUGUUAUCUUCGUCCAGCGCCGGCAGUAUAACUGGUGUUGACAGGAACCACGACUUCCACUUCGUCGAGGCGGAAGUCGAGGAUUACCUCAGGGAUACGUGUCGGUUUCUCCAGGACAAGUUCGCCGCGGUCAACAUCAAUGCCACCCCGGAGUUUGUCCAAAAGUGCUACUUCGCGGGGAGGAUCCGCCCCGGAAGUCUGGCGCAGGGCGUGCAGCUGUUCGAGAAGCUCUUGUUCCCGAUAUUACAAGGAAAAAUUUUCCCUCGUGGUCCCCAUAUUGAGCGAAAGCGCAUCCGUCUGGAAAUUCGUCAUGCAGAUUUGUGGCCAUGUCUUGCACGAAGGAACGCAAAUUCAGAGAUUUCGCCGCGUUCGUUGUGCAGGCGAUUUGUAUCGCUGCCACGCUAGUAGACGUCCGCCCACAGGGCAGACGUCUGCCAUGCUAGGUACCUAGACUAAAAGAUCCCGGCCUAGGCUUUUGAUCUGCGUGAAGUCCUCUAAUGCAAGAACACAAGUACAACAAUUAAAAUCCCACGUCACAGAUUUCCAUCUUGAUAUGGGAAGGGGGGGCUUUUCAUUUUGAUGCCCGACACUGAACAACUUCGACGAGAGCGGCAGAAAUGUCGCCGGGACUACUGCAGCUCCCGGAAGUGAGAGCAGCAGUAGUUCGGGUAGCGAAGAAAUCUUCAUCGUCGCAGAGGAAUGGAACCACGACGGGGAAGAGUGGAUGAAGCUGCCCGAGUACUUAUCCCGUGUAUUUGAAGACGGGGCCACGCGCGAGAGUCAAGAUGGGCAUGCUUCUCCACAACUCAACGAGUAGUUUUAGCUGUGGCGCAUGACAGUGUAGUCGUAGUUAGCUGGUGCGGGAGCGUCACAAAUUGAUGCCCACAUUUGUCUCACUGGAGUGUGACAAAGUUCCUGACAGCGUUGGAAAAUCAAAAUGCUCCGCAUGAUGUAGUUGGGGCUGUGCAUGAAAAAGAGUUUGGGGCAUGCAGGUACGAAUGAGACAUCUUGGGUGGGGACGUUUUAUUUCCACAUGAUAGUACUUCAAAACGGCGUCGAAUGAGGGGAACCUGCACCAGCAGCUCGACGGUGUUCUAGAUCAGCUGCCCACGACCAUCCCCCACCUGGGGGACCUGCAACUCGUGACAAAGAAGAUCUUGGAGUGCGCGGACUUCCUAGCGACGCGGUUUUUCUUGAAAGAAGAGUUUGAGCUGAAAACCGCGGGCUUCAAUUUUCUGGACCAUUUGAUUCUGGUUGCGGGACGAGGGGGGAAAACUUCUAAAAACGGAGGAAGCAACAGAGGGGACGCUUUUUACCAAGUGAAACUCUCCUUCACCUCCGGUUUGCUGGUCAGAAUAUCCCAGAGAAAAAAGCUAGAAUACCACAUUUGUAAUGCAAAAAUAAAUGCACAGAAAAAAACAAUUAGCAGGCAUCCUCUGCGCUCAACCAUGGCAGAUUUUUUUGUGGUGUAUUUGUUUUUGCAUCACAACAAGUAGCGUUUUUCUCUGGGAUUCGGAACCCCGACGUCAAGCACCCAGAUCCCGAAGCUACUACACCCGCUGCUGGAUCCGGAAAAUUCUCCGCUGAAAGAGCGCAGUCCGUACAGCCCCUUUCCCACGAGGUUUCUGCGUUUCGUGGAAAGUUUGUACCUCUUCGUCCUCCUUCCGUGCUAUUACAGCACCUACGUGAAACCCCUGAGCGGGUCGUUUCUUCCCGGGGUGAGCGCGGGGGGAGAGGCGAUCGUUUCGCAAGCCGUGAGCAACCUGGACACGGUACCGGAGUUUGACAGCAGUUUUUCGUAUUUGGAGAACCCAAAUUUGUACCUGGUUGCGCCUUAUGGAUUGCAAAAAUGUCUGGGUCUGGAAGAAUGCAGGAGUUUGUCAUGCAGAUUUUGCAUGACCCAUGAGGUCUGUGAUGCAUGCCCUAGCAUCAGAGAUUUUGCGAAGGCUUUCUGAUGCUCAUACCGCAUGAGAAAUGCCCUCUCCGCGUAUCACAGCUUACGCCUCUUUUGCUGUUCAUGCAAUACAGCUUUUAUGUGGAGUCCAAAGGAGGUAGCAUUACAAGUUGCAUCCUUCCAGACCCAGACAUUUUUGCAUUUGAUGCGCCUCAGUCCUACCAGAAGCCGCAGUUCGUGGACGAAUACAGCCGGAACUACUACUGGAAGUUGCUGGUGGACUUUUUUCACAUACUCUCUGCAAAAGCAAUAUCGUACUCGUCGUAUAAAUGCAUUACAAAUGUCCUCAGCAUGAGAACUGGACUUUGUCAUGCUGUUUCCUCUGAAGGACAAGAUUUCAAAUCUUGUCCUUCAGAGGAAACAGCAUGACAAAUCUGAUUUGUGAUGCAUAGUUGCAAUUAGUACGAGUACGAUACUUUUGCAAGGCAUAUCACAUGAUCGUGCCCGUUCUCGAACUGGAGCAGGCGAGAAUUGUGCCUAACGGCGUGCGGAGGCUUUUGCAGGGGGAAAUUUUGGACAAAACCAAGCAGAGCGCCCUGACCCGGAACGUGAAGAUGCAAAUCACGGACCAGCGUUAUCAAAUGUAAAAAUGUCUGGGUCUGGAAGAUUCUGACACUUGUCAUGCACGUUUUGCAUGAGCCCUGAUGUCUGUGAUGCAUGCCCUAGCAUCACAGAUUUUUUGAGAGCUUCUUGAUGCCUAUUCCGCAUGACAAAUGCCCUCUUCGCGUAGCAAAAAUUACAUUCCUUUUGGUACUCAUGCAAUACAGAUUUUUCUGGAAUCCAAACGCAGCAUCACAAGUUGCAUUCUUCCAGACCCAGACACUUUUACAUUUGAUAAGCGUGACAACCUGCUGAAUCUGCUGAAAAACUUUCAGCUGCCGAGAGUAAAAAAUUCCGCUACUACAGCAGGAUCUAGUACAACGUCCGGCAUGAGCACAGCAGGGCUCCUGCAGGAAACUACAAGAAAGGCGAAUCCCGCCCCCUACGUAUCCAAGAAAAAAACUGUGUUAGUGUAACUAUCUUUGGCUGACAGCAUCACAAAUUUGCUCUACAAGACAGAGAAAACCUGUCAUGCGUGGUUUGUAAGGGAAAACACACAUGAAAAGAAGACUGCAUGGCUGUCUGGCAUGACAGGCGUAACUCUGCUGCGUGUUCUGCAUCACAGAUUUACACUUACACAGUUUUUUUCUUGCAUACUACGGGCCAGCGUACGACUGCAGCAACCCGCGGUUUUUCAAUCCCUACGACUAUCUCACGCCCGCGUGGCACGUAUUUGAGGUCGAGACCAGAGUUUUGGAACGGGAAGGGCUGGCGCUGACGGAGGACGUUUUCGGAAGAGCUACUAGUUUCACCAGCGGCGGGAGUUCAGGGUCAUCGCGGACGUCGGAAAAAACCUCAUUCCCAACUACAGGCUCUGGAGUGGUGGCGGGACGAGCUACUACCGCCAAAACAUCUAAGGAGGCGGCAGGAAUCGACUCGGACACGGAAUCUAAUGAUGCACCACGACCCGCCCGGUCGACAGCUGCAAAUAAGCGGGUCUUUGCGUUCCAUGAGUGCUACAGUUUUGACCCGAAGAUGUUAGGAACGUCAUCAAGUGGUGAAGGUCGUGAGAGCGCCCAGCAAUUUAUCCACGAGUUGCAGGAAGAAACGGGAGAAUUUGUACCAUGGCACGCAGUGAAAACGCGGGUGGGUGCGAAAGGGCAAAGUGCCAUUCCAAAGUACGGGAGGGAAAAGAUUCAGGAAAUCAGCACGCGGGUGCAGCAGUACGACCUGCGGGGAAAGUUGCUGUACUACUUCGAGUCGCCCGCGUACGACGGUCGUAUGCAGCGGCUUUCGGAGAAAACCACGGGAGAUGGUUAUCCUGAGUAAAAACGUACCCACACCAGAGUUGUCAUGCAGAUUUGCCAUGACAGGAACAUUUGUGAUGCGCAACCCCAUGACAGGCAUUUUCAAUCGUGUUUGGGAACUUGUAAUGCUGUAAACAGGAUCAGCAGAUCGAUUUGUGGUGCGGCUUUCCUUGCUAACUUGCACUACCUUACGGACUGAAGCUCGUCAUGCGUGACUCCCAAAACUCCUAGGUUUGUGUUGCAAAGUCCCCAUCUUGACUCUGGUGUGGGUACGUUUUUAAUCAGGAUAAUGGUAGUACAAGUCCGAAUAACAAAAAUCUGGUCCUGACGGAGGAGAAUUUGAAACUGCUCCAGUCGUUCCCACCCGAUUGGUUUUUUGAAGACCCCGGGGAAGUCGUGCAGAUUCCGUUUCGGCGGAAAACUGUGUACCCGGUGGGGAAAAUUCUGGAUUACUACACCGAUGUGCUUAAUGAGAACGCAGAUUACACGACCAGCGAACAGGUUAACGGCGGUAAUAAACCUGCUGUACAGCAGCAGCAGCAGCAGGUGGAGAUGAACAUACCAACUCCGCAGCUCCCGAAGUUCAGAGAUCCUGCCACCUUGAACGGUUUCGAAUUGCUGCGGUUUGAGAACGGCCAGAGACUUCCGAUGCCGUUGGUAGAGAAGGUGAACAGCGAGAACUACCCGGACAAAGCGGAACAGAUCCUGCAGACUUUUUUCACCUCUCAGCGGGCGUCGGUGGCAAACUUCGGGUUUCUCGCCGGGUACGAUAAGACGACCAGCAUGGGGAGUAGUAGAAUCUUCGCUACUCCAAAUUCCCAUUCUACUAAUUUUGGAGAUGCAGGAACAAGCGGCGGAUUAUUGCAGUUUUCAACAGGAGCCGGUGAACAAGCAGUUGUGCCUUGGACCGAAAUUCCGCCGGAGGUAAUGAUGGGGAACAGAAUCAAGCCCCGGAAGAACGGCGGCAGCUACGGCGGAUUAGAGAAGAUCGACCUGCAGCAGAAGGUAGCGUUCUGGGUCGGCGCGUUUCUGGAAGAAAACGUGUUACUAAACCGAAAUAUUUUACUGUUCUUCGGUGCAGUACCAGGUGCACGAAGGGAAGAAGGUGGUAUGCAUAGUACUACAGCACAAGAAGGUACUUCUGCGGGAAAGGAAGGACAGCAGAAUCAAGUGACCAAGAAACAGCAGCGCCUGUACCAGCGGGUGGUGAACUGGCUCAAGGUCGCGCGGGACACCGAGGCUGCGUUGUUGACGCUGCACCGGGCUGCGGUGGGGGAGAACCUUUUCGGGAGCGUGUUGCCGUACGAGAAAAUGGAGUACUACGGCACACCCGUCGUGAGCAGUAGUACUACGAGAGGCGAUGUAGGUCUACAAGCGCCCGCCCCGGCGCUGGGAAAUGACUUGUACAAGACGAGCACCGGAGGUACCGCAACUGCCAGUAGUUCCUUCUCUUUAACGCUCAGCGCCGCGAAGAUUUUGGCGAUGGGAGAAGAUGUCGAUGAAAAUUAUGCAGGACAAGAAGCUAGAAUCCUUGUUCGUGACUGCGGCUGUCCCGACGGUGCGCCCUCGAGUUUGUUUCUGAUCGACCUGAAUGUAGACGAUUUGGUGGUUUCCAGUGACACGAAUCACCCCGCGGCUCUCUCGAGGACGUCGGCAGAACAACAUCAAGGAGGGCCAGAAAUAAACCUGCAAGCGCAAAAAUUAUCUGCUUCGCAAGUUGAUGUGGCGUCGGACCGAGUCGUGUGCGCCUCGGAUGAAAAGAGUUGUCCGUUUCUGCAGUUCGUCGAAAGUGGUUACUUGCGGAACCCUAGUACUUCCUCCGUGCAUUUCUACACGAAAUACCAGGACCCGGAAGCCGCGUUUCUGUCCUCCUCCAAGUGUUUUCACAACCCUACCGCGGGCUUCAGCUACCCGUCCUUCUCCUCUUCUUUUCACGAGCUGCGUAUGCUGAUCGAGCAAGGGAUUCCGGCGAUCUUGCGGGAGGAGCGGUCCCGGGACGGGAUAUCGAAAGGAAAAACAUCCCCUCCCCAUAUCGAAAACGGAAUUUUUGUUGCUGUAUUUGAGUACACAAAUCACAUUUGUCUUGCAGUAAAGGACUGCACGCAGUAGAUCGUAAGCCUAAGGGGGGGCCUCUUGGUCUAGGGGACUAGCAUGACAGACGUCUGCCCUAUAGGCCUUGCAGCAUUACAAAUCGCCUCCAUAUCGUGGCGGAGUCUCUGAGUUUGCCCUCUUGCAAGAGAGACAGGACUUGUGGCCACAAAUCAGCAUCACAAAUUUUUAGAAACAUUCCUUUUCAGUAUGGGGAGGGGGUAUAUUUCCUUUUGAUACGGGAAACUAAGCGUGAAAACAGCCUUCGCGUUCGUAAAAUCCUUCGCAGAUGAAGUAUGAAAUGCAAAAGUGUCUGGGUCUGGAAGAUUGCCAGGUCUGUCAUGCAUAUAUUGCAUGGCCCAUGAUGCCUGCAAUGCAUGGCUUAGCAUCACAGAUUUUCAGAGGGCUUCCUGUUGCCUAUUCCGCAUGAGAAAUGCCCUCCCGGCGUAGCACAAACCGCACUCCUCUUGCUGGUCAUGCAAUACGGAUUUUUUUAGAAUUGAAAAACAGCAUCACAGGUUGCAACCUUUCAGACCCAGACACUUUUGCAGUUCAUAGGAAGCAGGAGAUGCUGAUGGUGCGAAAAUUAGAGGAACUUCUGGCGCGUUCGGGAGACUGAUUGUGCUUCCGGACUUGAAGAGCUCUUCUUCGACGUCAUCUCUGACCAGAGAAGGUGCACAUCAGGAAAAAAAAACACCGGGUCGUUCCCGCGUAGAAGUAGUACAGGACGUCAGCGACCUGUGGCACAAAGAGCUUGCGCCGCUCGUGUUCCGGAGCAUGGCGCACUGGGAACAGGACAUGCAGAAAGCCGCGAGGAGGAGGACUGGGUCGUCGUUAUCGCAGGCGGUGUCAUCGUCGACCACGACGGGUCCUGCAAAAACCAAGCCGCCCAUCGUUCUUUCCAUGGAACCCGUCGUGCGGGCGAUGUGCGCACUGAAAAUCUUCCCGAAGUUUGAUCCGACGGCCACUGGUGGGGCUUCGACAGGAGCUCCUUCUCCGUUAGCGGCGGUCUUGCACUCCAUCACCCCCGUUAACAUUCCGGGCGUGGAGCCGUUUCUGCUCGAGGAGAGGUACUUCGGGGCGAUUCUGGUGGAGUACUUCUUCGACGAGGGAAGCGACAAUGAAGCUGUAGCUCCUGCCGACAAAGAACAAGAUGCUGUAGAGGUUGAUACUGCUGCCGUCGAGGACGACAGGAAGGUUCUGCACAGCAUGAUCCUUUAUGGGAAGGUUUUGGAACUUGGUAGCCCGACCGACGAGGCGCCCGCCGGGAGCAUCGUGCUGUACGUUCCGGAAAAGGAUGAGGAGGCUAUUAGCUCUCAUCUCGCUGGUUUCAUGGAACUUUUUCCCUUGGACAGAAUGGAAUUUUGCACCGAGCUGUUUUUCCUCUGGUUUGCCCACAGCGCGACGGGGAAAAGGGCGUUCGAUAUAGUACAGCAGCCGGCUAUUUUUACAAGUACAGGGGGUCGUGCAGACACGGGUUGGGGUUCGGCAGAUCCAAAACUUUCGGAUGAAAACAGAAAGAACCACCCGGACAAGAAUUUCCCAGAAGAGCAAACGGGGCUCCUGCAGCAGGGUAGAAGUCUUCCCGUCUUUACGUACCCAAGGGGAACGCAGAGCCGUGCUGUGGACGACGGGGGAAAUAGUGGUACAACAUCCAACACUGCAAAGUACUUCGCAUGGAGUUGGAUAGAUCUGCUGCAAGCGCUGGAAACUUCUACGGAGAUCAAAAUUUCUGGACGCGUAGAAACUUCUUCUGCCAGCCUCACAACAAGAGGAGGAGCAUCGUCUACCUCAGCCGACGAGGCAAAAAUGGCUUCUAGCGAAGAUGGAGGACAAGAACUGCUGCACCUGCAAGAACCUUGCUUCCUGUACCCGGUGUGCUUGCCCUCGGACGGCGCCACGAUUGAUUUGGUCGGAGUUUUCGAGAGCGGUGACGAACAACAGAGCAGUUUGAGAACGGAAUUGCUGUAUUUCCAGGGCGUUGUCACCUUCGUGCACGACUUGAUGUCCCUGCUGCACAGAAUAUCAGAGUGCACAACUCGUCCCCAUAGUAAAAACCCUUGUUUGUCAUCCAAAAAUCCAAAAAAUCCACUUGCUGAGCCUUGUGGCCCUGUUUCUUGCAUGAAAAAAUUACAAAAAAUUCUGCUAGAAGCCCAAACAAAGUACAAAAACUUGUAACAGAAGGGAGGCUUCAUGUCCCUCGCUGGUUUUUAUUUUCUAUGCUGUUUCUUCCUGCCCAUCAAGUCCAGAGGAGGAAGGCGGGGAGUUGUGCACUCUGAUACGGAAUCCAAGUUCUGCACUGGGACAGCCUGAUAUCUCAUCACGACCAGGGUGCUUUGCACACCAACGCGGCCGUGCAGGAGAUGAUCCGCAGCCUCUUGUCCGUGCGGCGUAAAUCGAUUGGAGCCGCGAGACAGGUAGCUACAGCGUCGUCUUCCUUCAACGCAGUAAACGUAGCAAGCAGAAGUACUUCUAUCCCUCCGGCGUCUACUUCAUCUGUUUCAUCUCCGAGCGCAGACACGGACAAAGACAGCAGUAUUUUGGCCGUGUUGGCCGAAUUUUUCCAAGAAAGAGACAGCGCCGAGAAGGCGGCCGCGCGGGCAGCAGCAGGACGCGCGAGUUCCACUGCGAAUACGGAGACGAGCAGGGCUAGUACAGGGACCCCACCUGGAAACACCGACGAAGAUAUCACCCAUGUCGAGGAAAUAACGUCCUUCGUGCAGUUGGGAUUGGACCAGUUGGGAUUGGACAACUCGGGCGUUGAGUACCGAAAGCGCAUUCUGCAGCAAGCUCUGCGGAACUUCCAAAACGCGAUCGACCAUAAUAACGGUGGCAGCGGCGGGGGAGGAGCUUCUAGUGCAACCACGCCAGUCGGAUCCAACACCGUUUUCCUUCCCGGCGUGGGCUACUCUGCAGACAGCCCCGCGAAGUUCUUUUUAGCGAAUAUGGGAAAAGAGUUCUUCUCCGGGAUUUCCCCCGGCGCUUUAGUUGACUUAGACGUGUUCGAGAAAACGAACUUGAUCGCGGUGCAGCAACAGGAGCUAACGGCACAGUCUAGGCUUGCUGCGGGAGGAUCUUCUUCUGGUUUGCCGCUGUCUCCCGAGGAAAAGGUACAGCAGCGCCACGUGCAGACGUUGCGGAAUCUCCCGCCGGGCAUCGCUGCGAGUAUGGUGGCCGCUCCUGGGACCGGUUCCCCUAGUACUAAAGCCCUCCAAGAACAACAAACCACGUCCAACAACAUGCUGGCGGUCAAGGCGCUCACCGACAAGGUGCAGCGGGAGGAACAGGUGGAAGAAGUGCAGCAACAGGCACUCCAGGAAGCGGAGCAGCAGGAAUCCUUCGAGCGCACGUCCAUCGACAACUUUUAUUACAAUGAAAAAUGCCCCCAUCCCCGAACUUGAAAGCAUUUGUAUUGCAAACCUUUCCAAAUGAAACAUUCGCCCUCUUGCAUGUAUCGGAAAUCAUUUCCGAUCGUGAAUAGCAAAAAUUUAUAUUGCAAAAGAUCCCACCAGCAAGAGCGGUGCUUGUCAUUCAAGCGAUGCGAAACACCACUAGAGUCUGCAUCAGAAAGAUUCGUAUUCCUUUCAUGCAUGACAAAAAGUUUUCAUUUGGAAACUUCGCAUCACAAAUAAUCUUUGCAACUUUGGGGGUGGGGGGCACUUUUCACUGUAACAACUUUUACGUUCUGUUUUUUUUCCUGCACGGGAUCGUCAUGCUCUACUAUCCGCUGAAUAAGGAGAAAGCUGCAGGAGCUGGUUCCGGACAAGGAGCAAAGGGGAAAAAAGAUCGGAAGAAGAAAAAACACCGCGACGAUGAUUCGAAAAAGAUCAAGCACCUCGCGCUCAUUUCCGCGUUGAACGCUUUUCUUUACGUGUACAGCAUUUUCGAGCUCUUCAUCCUGUUCAACCCCUUCGAGUGGCCCGUGUUGGCGAGCACGCAGCAGGAAGAGCUCCGGCUGCAGCGGCAGAGCGCCAUGGCGGUGACCAACAACAUUUUGGAGCAAAUUUUUCCGAAGUCCGGCACCUCCGGCCAAACGAGGGCGAACAAAGUCACGUACACGGCGAGCGGGUCCGGCAGUCCGUUGUUCGACGAACUGCAGGGCAAGCUGGAGUCCCUGUCCGAUUCGCAAGUGGAGGAAUUCACGAUGAAGGCCACGCAGCAGCAGCUGGAGCACGGCGGCGUCGCGACGCGGACCUCGGCUGGUGCAGACGUGGUGAAACCCUACUCCACGACGGCGCACUUGGCGAUGAAGUUCUUACUCAAGGUGCUCCUCCCCUUGGUGGCGGCGCUGUUCGCCUACACGCACAUCCUCCACUUCGGGCUCUUCUGCCUGGGUGCUUUCGCCGCGACCUUCGCGUUCUUCUGGAUGGUCACCUCAUUCUGCUGCGUCAUCAAGUCGCAGAAGUGGAUCACCCACGGGGACGAGCCUUUUUACGCCGCGUGGGGCUGCAUUUUUCUCUUCGCAUGCCAGCUGUUCGGGGGGUCGGUGCUGCUGUUCACGGGAAGUGUCUACCGGGUGAAAACGGAGGAGGAGAUGCUGAGAGACAAAAUGCAAGAGUUAUCAUCUCAAGAAGGUCGUGGUGACGACCUCCAUGGCAAGGACGAUCGGCAAGAAAUGUUGAACCAGAACAAGCUCAGUGGAAGCGACAGUUCGGAUGUUGAAAAUGACCUGCCGAUGAACGGAUCCCCGACGUCGCGACGAGAGGAAACUGCUGUUCUGACGAGUGACGACGACGUACCGACUAGGAACGACGAGCGACGUCGAACCAGGGACCACCUCUCGCGGCUGUACCAGCUAUGAAUUGCAAAUAUGUCUGGGUCUGGAAGAGUGCAAGUUUGUCAUGCUUGUCUGGCAUCAUGACUCGAGAAUCUGUGUUGCAUAGGCACGAAAAGGCACUCUUACCUGUCAUGCAAAAACGCACCUUGCCAUGCGGAAUACGUAGCACAUGGCAGCCAAAAGAUUUGUCAUGCAUAGCUGCGUAUUGCAGUGCGUCUAUCAUUCACUUUUAGCAUUAGACCCAGACUACAUAUUUGCAAUUCAUACCAGCGGAACCCGAACAAGCAGCGGAAUUUUCCCGCCCCGCACGCGAUGACGGAGACGCACGGUGGCGUGCACAGUUCCAGUCUCGACGCCAUCCACGUGAUUGACGAUGAGAUGGAUGCCGCGAUGAUACUCGCGGUGGACCGGAACGACCCCAGAGUCACACUGGAGCUGCGCCCGUGGUUCUAUCAAAUGCAAAAAUGUCUGGGUCUGGAAGAUUUUUAGAUUUGUCAUGCAUAUUUUCCAUGACCUAUGAUGUCUGCGAUGCAUACUGUAGCAUCACAGGUUUUUAGAGCGCUUUGUGAUACCUCUACUGCAUGAGAAAUACCCUCUCCGCGUAGCACAAACCGGAGUCCCCUUGCUGGUCAUGCAAUACAUUUUUUUUCAAAAUCCAGAGACAGCAUUACAAGUUUAGAAUGUUCUAGACCCAGACACUUUUGCAUUUCAUAGGUUCGUCCGACUUGCAAAGGUCCUGGUGGUGGCGGUCUCGUUUGGCCGGGGGUGGGUCCGGUUGGCGAGCUUGAUUCAGUACUACUUAAUCAAUUCCGCGGAUGAACUCGCCGAUGUGUCCAUAGUGGACUUGCAAACGACGAAUCCCGAAACACUCGGCGCGAGGCACGCGGUACCGCACCAGAUCCUCCUCCCGCCGAACGAUCCAACGGAAGUGUUUGACUGUUUUGGGUUCUACCUGAUGCGGUCGUUCUUGCGGUUCAUAUCGAAGGAAAAAACUGUGUUUAGUGUAAACUUUUUUUCGCUGACAGCAUCACAAAUAUGCUGUACAUGACAGAGAAAACCUGUCAUGCGUGGUUUGUAACGGAAAACACACAUGGGAAGAGGAUUUCAUGGCUGUUUGGCAUGACAGGUGUUACUCUCUUGCAUGUUCUGCAUUACAGACUUACACUUACACAGUUUUUUUCUUGGAUAGUUUAAGCCGGAGCACUACCAGAUGUACCACACGCCGCGCAAGCACUUGCUAUGGAUUGCAAAAAUGUCUGGGUCAGGAAGAUUUCUAGAUUUGACACGUAUAUUUUCCAUGACCCGUGACGUUUGUGAUGCAUUCCGUAGCAUCACAGAUUUUUAGAGCGCUCUGUGAUACCUCUACCGCGUGAGAAAUGCCUUCUCCGCGUAGCACAAACUGGAGCCCUCUUGCUGACCAUGCAAUACAACUUUCUAGAGACGGCGUCACAAGUUUAGAAUGUUUCAGACCCAGACAUUUCUGCAUUUGAUACUUGCCGCGGCAGUACCAUUGGCUGGGGAUGUAUUUAGUGGUCGUGUGUCUCUGGUGCUGCUUCGCCGUCGUGGCGAUCGAGGUGGUGUCGAAUUACGCUUUUGGCAGACUGGUCCGACGGGCCGUCCGAUACUUGCUGAGCGGGAAACUGUUUAUUCGCGGUGAGGAACUAGUACGAGGGGCAAAUCGCGGCACGAGCAGUGCGGAUGAUGUUGAUCAGGAUGGUGACAAAAAGCAGGUGGAGAGUAACACGAAUAAAGCCGCGGAAGCAGGAGCAGCAGCGGCUGCAACAGGUAGUGAGAAGUCUUCGCAGGCGAGGAAGGUUACGAUAGAAGAAGAUCCGAAAGAUCAAAAAUUUUACGAAUACGACUACGACGAUGAAGAAAAUGUCGAGGCGAAUCUCGCGGCCGAGAUGGAAAGGAUGAGUGAGAAGAUCAAGUCGACUGUGGUGGACGAAUUUGAGAAGAGAAAACAGCAAAGAGAACUACGAGGACCCGCCCCGGAAGAACUACAAGCUCCGGUGGCUGCAUUGAACAACUACUCCACAACUGCAAACAAUAGCACCGUGGUCAAGCGCGUCUCCCGAAGGUCACGGAACAGCGCAAGCCGCAACCAGCUGCUGAUGCCAAUAAAUUACGGUGCAGCUAGUAGUACGCCGUUGCUCGGGGAUGACGAGGAGGGUGCGCACGUCGACGUGGAGCAUUUGUUGCGGAAUAGUGCAACGAACAGCAGGCAAGAAGAGGAAGAGGAGCGAACGUACGAACUCGAUGAUGUUGAGCAGACAGUUGGAUUAGGGAUGAACAAGAAGCAAAAUAAUGAUCAGCAGCAAGCGGGAGUCCGGCCAGCGACCUCUUCCAGCGAGGAGCAGGAGGAACAUCAAGGGGGAGAUCAUCUUGAUUCAGGUCGGGAAACAAACAACAACAGCAAAAACAACAAUCCCGUGCUGUUUUAUCCGGAACAUUACGCCUCCUCGAGCAGCAGCGACGGAGGACAUGAGGAUGUUCUUGAGCAGGUUCUAGAUCUAGAAGAAGGUGAAGGCUCCUUCGGCUCCUGCUCAGAAGAAGUAGAAAAUUACUCUUCGUCCAUCUCCCCCAUGGAUACGAGGCUCGGCGUAGAAAAAGCUGCCGCGGAGGUUCUGAAGCAUAAAGACCUUGCAGCUUCCGGUGUUGAAACAAGGAGGACCCAGUUGUACGCCGCCACCGCUGGCGAUCAGCCAUCCUCGUCCUCGUUCGGUCCGCCGGUGGUGUUUCCGAAAGCGAGGGAUUUGCACACCGAAGUUCUUUCGUACCUGACCGCAGUGGGAGAUGAAAAUUUGGAUCGAGGAGGUUUUCAUCCUGUGGUGAGUUCUUGUAGUAGGGGUCGUGGAGGUGGCCAGGACUCUACUGCUGAUGUAGUUCCAAGAACGAAUUAUGCAGCUGCAGCAGAUUAUAAUGCGGAUUUUGUCGGAGUCGGGUUUGCUGCGCCUGGUGAGCAAAACAUCGUAAAAGGGGGUCUUUGUACUGGUGCAAACGGUGAAGAUGAUGGCGGUCUUUUAUCCAGCAACAUUCUCGAACAAGACCACGAUCUGGAUGAAAAUUACACGAACUUCUACAACAACUUUUCCGUUGAAUCUAACUCUUCUUCCUCUUCCUCAACCAGCGAAAUUCACGGCGGGCAGGGUACUUUCAACCCGAAUGCACUGCUGCAAGAGAGCCGCCGGAGAACCUAUAGUUCUCGGGGUAGCAAUCAGGUACGGCCGGCAGUUGGGGAUGGAGGUAGUGGUCAUGUGAAUUACAGUGCAGCGCCGAUGAUGUUGAAUGGGUCAACGUCAAUGUCACCAGGUAAUAUGAUUUCUGAAGCAGAUGAUCUGGCAAUGGCAAAGGAAGGAACUGCUGCGCAAGAAGCUUGUUUCCAAGAAUUCAGAGGCGUGGAAUGGGAGGUUUCGUCAGAUUCCUCAGACGAAGACCAUCCCGGAACUAUGAGAACACAGGAAUAG